AGCCUUCGCCCCUUUGUGAGUUCGGCAAGAGCUCCAAGAGCUCAGCGCUGGUGGAGGAGCUGGGGGAGUGUCAGAUCUGCUUUGAGGCGCUGCCGCUGCCGCACUUCUGCCGCUGCUGCGUCGACGCGCGGCGCUGCUGCGCCGGUUGCCUGAGGACCUACUUCCAAACCUCCGUGGAAGAUGCUCUGUACGCCAUGCCCAUUAUGCGGUGCCCGCUGUGCCGGGGCCGCGUGCCCACGAAGAUUUGGGCCAGCUUUGUAGACCAGGAGGUUUACGACAAGUACGCGGGCAACGCCUUCGCGCUGCUCUCCAUGCGGUGCCCCGCCUGCGACAACACGGUGUCCUUCGCGCCCAG